CUCGAGGAGGGGCUGUGGCUGAGCUGCACGCCGCGGAGGUGCUCGAGGGGGGCCGGGGCUGAGCCGCCGCGGAGGUGCUCGAGGGGGGGCCGGGGUUGAGCCGUUGCGGAGGUGCUCGAGAGGCGCCAGGGCUGAGCUUCCACGGAGGUGCUCGAGGGGGUAGUGAUUGAGCCGUCGCGGAGGUGCUACGCCGACACGUCGGACCUCUCCGAUUCCGCCGAUUUGGGUGCUUCUCUGCUCUAGAUUGUGGAGCUUCUCCACCUCAACAGGAGCAACCUACAGGAGGUUCAGAGAAUUUGGGUAUUAUGCAAUUGUGAAAGUGUUGUGCAAUGGCACAAAUUGACAAGAGGAUACCUCAAGUUGGUAUGAGAUUCAAAGAUUCAAAUGAGGCUUGGAUGUUUUGGGUAGAAUAUGGGGGUCACAUAGGCUUCGAUGUGAGGAAAAGAUGCACCAACAAAAGCAAAUUUGAUGGAAAGGUGACUUCAUGCAGAUUUGUUUGUUCCAAUGAGGGUCUUAGAAGGAAAUGUCAAACCGAACGUGAGCCAAAGCGUUUUAGAGCUGAAACAAGAACUGAUUGUCUAGUUCGGAUGGUUAUUACAUUGGAUCGAGCGACAGAAAAUUAUGAAAUUACUGAAGUUGUGUUGGAACACAACCACUACCUUCAAUUGCCACAAACCCGCCACUUGUUGGUUUCACAAAGAAAGAUUUCAGAACUGCAAGCUUUCGAGAUAGAAACCGCUGAUGAUUCUGGAAUUGUGCCAAAACCCGCACAUGAGUUUGCUUGUCGUAAAGUUGGUGGGCCGCUUAACCUUGGCUAUACUUGCCGGGACCAAAAGAAUCAUUUGCGAAGCAAGAGACAGAGAGAAUUGGCUUUUGGACAGGCUGGGAGUAUGUUGAAGUAUUUUCGCGACAAAGUUGCUGAGAAUCCAUCAUUUCAAUAUGCGUUGCAGCUCGAUUGUGAGGAGAAUAUUGCCAACAUAUUCUGGGUUGAUGCUAAAAUGUUACUUGAUUAUGCACACUUUGGUGAUGUCACAUUUGACACCACAUUUGGCACAAAUAAAGAGUAUAGGCCAUUUGGUAUUUUUCUUGGGCUCAAUCAGUUUAGAGAAACCACCAUUUUUGGUGCUGCCUUGAUGUUUGAUGAAACACGAGACUCGUUUAUAUGGCUCUUCGAGAGUUUUCUAGCAGCACAUAAUGGAAGACAACCUAGAACUAUUUAUACGGAUCAAGAUAUAGCAAUGGGAAAAGCUAUAGAGCAUGUCUUCACGCAAUCAUAUCAUGGAUUGUGCACCUUCCACAUAAUGCAAAAUGCUGUCAAACAUUUAUCUUCAGUGAAGGACGAAGAGGAAGAUGAAGUGGAAGAUGAAGAAAAGGAGACUCACAUUCUCACUGAUUUUGGUGCAUGUAUGUAUGGCUAUGAGGACAAGGCAGAAUUUGAAGAAGCGUUUGAUAAUAUAAGACAAAAGGUGCAUAAGCAAACUUGGUUAGAUAGUAUCUACAAGGUGAAGGAAAAAUGGGCUGAAUGUUAUAUGAGAGAUGUCUUCAGUUUGGGAGUGAGGAGUACACAACUAAGUGAGAGCUUCAACAAUGCAUUGAAGAAUCAUUUGAAAUCAGAUUUCCAUAUUGUUCGAUUCUUGAUGCACUUUGAGAGGACGAUGGAAGUGAAAAGAAGAAAGGAAUUGGAAUCUGAAUUUGAGGCAAGGAAAAAAUUACCAAGAAUCAAAAUGUUCACACCUAUGUUGGUGCAAGCAAGCAAAGUGUAUACUUCAAUUAUUUUUGAAGCUUUCCAAGGUGAGUAUGAAAGAUCCAUGGCUGCAUGUUGUAGAGCAUUGGAUGGAAAUAACAAAUUUGGUGUUGCUAUUGGGAGUUUGCAUGGUGAUUUACAGUUCGAGGAGGAGCGCAUAGUGAUAGGUGAUCCUUUGACCCAAACCAUUUCAUGUAGUUGUGGAAUGUUCAAUAGGGCAGGAGUAUUGUGUGGACAUGGUCUCAAAGUUCUUGAUUUGCUGAAUAUAAAGACAAUGCCAACACAUUAUGUCUUAAAGAGAUUGACUAGAGAAGCACGCAAUGGAAGUAUACAAGAUAGGCAAGGAAGGAAUGUUGUAGAAAAUCCAAAACUAGAAGCUCAACUUCGGUACCAGGAUUUGUCUCAUAAAUUUCACAAUUUGGCACAUAAAGCAGGCAACUAUUUAGAAUGUUGUGUGCUAUUGGAGAAUGCACAUGAUUCCGUUGCUCCACAAAUAGAGGAUAAACUCAACGCAACUACUAGUGCUAUGAAUGAACCAUGUAAAGACAAGGAAAAUGUUGAACCAAAUGUCCAGCAAACAAAUGAGUUUCUUUGUUCCACACAACUAAACAAAAAAGAGGUUCAAUCAAGAAAUUUAAGGAGAAAGAAAGGUUGGCUUGAGAAGUUACUCAAGGGGAAGCGCAAGUCAACUAAAACUACCGCACCAACAAAAAAAGGAGCAAAGAAGCAACAAAAGAAGGGGAAGCCUCAAGUGGAAGUGGAGAAGGAUGACAAGAACAAAGGAGCAAACUUGGAGUUUCAAGAGUGCAAUGCAAUCUUCAGUUUCACCCAACUCUUGACAACUCCACCUUGUGAUGUUCAUCAUUUGUUUUAGCAUGUGCAAGUCUUCUAGAUAGUAUUUUGGACAGAGUUAACUAUAGUUGGGGCUAACUAUAGUCUUUUGUGGCCUAAGUGUACAAGUAAAACGGCCUAUUUUGUGUACUCCGAUGAUUGUUUCACUAGCAAGACUUGUUGCUGCAGAAUUUACAUGUUGAGUACUGCUAGUGGCAGCAUGUAAUUUGGUCCAGCAAUACUAGUGUUGAUCUUGAGCAAGAAUGAUGGCUGCUGUUUCUUUCAAUGCUAAUUGUUGAAUUUAUUGACUCGAUCAUGUACAAUACCUCUUUUUAACCUUAAAUAGUUGCUGUUGUUUUUCAUCUCUAAUUGCAUCAAAACUGACUGAUGUUUGCUUUA